AUGGCUUUUAUAGCUAAAGGAUUGGUUGUGAUUUGGCUGCGGCGCCUGCUCUGGGAUACACAUGACCUCGAAGGUUUGGUGGAACUCUUUUACGUACGAUGGGAUCAAAUUCACCGGCCAACCGACUUUUCCUCUUCCCACACUCCAAAACUUCAUCAUCUCGCCGGUCAACCUCUUCCAGUCCCAUCAUCUGCUUGGAAUCAAACUCAUCUCAAUCAAUUCGAUCCAGUCUCAGCUUCAAUUAUUCCAUCUCAUCAUACUUCUCGUGGUGAUAUCUAUGUGGCUGUACUCUUUGCUUCAGCUUCUCAACGCUUAUCGAGGCUUGAAAUUUACUCGACUAAGACAGCUGAGUUGGUCACCUACAUGGACAUACCCGGCAUUGGAGUACAAAUCAAACUCAAUCGCCAGCUAGUUGUUGUGGCUACUAAAUCACCUUUGGCGCUCCAUAUCUUUACGCUCCACUCUCAUCGUGAGGGCAUCACACCGACUGGUCAAUCUAGGCUCUCACUCAAAGAACUACCCUAUUCUCCUAUUCUUGAUCUUACCCCUAAGCCCAAGACGGGUGAACCAAUCUUUUGCUUGGGCCUCAAUCGACUCUUAGCCUAUGCUUCCAACAAGGCUCCUCACGAGCGGGAGCCGCCUAUCGCUACUGGACAAGGAUUCAGCUUCGCCACCACUCAUCAAGAAGCCCGUUCACCCUCGAAGACGGACUCUUUUGGUAGUAUGGGUUCUAGUGUGGGAACUGGCGAUCUCUCGACUAGUAGUAUCAAUCGACACAAUGCCAAUGGAACUAGCUGGAAGCAUUCUGUUAGUCAUAAUCUUGAUACGAUUGACGAAACCGCUCGGAAAGUAGGUGGGGGUUUACUCUCUGGAGCAAAGCUUCUUACGUCAUGGGGUCAACAUGUCUUGAUGAAUGGUAAUACAAAUGGUCGCUCACCAGACAAGACCAAGAUUCAUGCCAAUCGACGAGACAGUCAAUCCAACUUUUCAAAGAGUGCACCUUUACCUUACAUGAUGAAUCCUCAUGAUCUCGAUCAUUCUCAUAAUUUUGGUCGUGAGAUGGCUUUCUCUCCUAAUUCGACAGAUGACUCAAUUCAUUCAUCUUCAAGUCGACUCGGCGCUCAUCCCGAAAGUGAACGUCUAACUCCUCACGAACUUCAGACUAGUGGAUCCACCUUACAUGCUGAAAACCCCGUGAAUUGUGGUAACGUCAAGGUGGUGGAUUUACUACCAUCAUCUGAUUCCAAGCCACAAAACCGCCACUAUCAACCGAUUUCGCAUUUCAAGAUCUCUACAGAUCCGUUACUAUUCCUAUCCUUCAAUCCUUCAUCUACUAUGCUUUUAACCUCAUCAAUUGAUGCUCACUCCUUUCAUAUAUUCGAACUUCGACCGUAUUCACGCGUAGGUAAGUCUUGUAUCAGUGGAAGAAGAUCGACUGGAUCACAUCGUGAGGCUACAGUCUGGCAUCGAUACAAACUUGUCCGUGGUUAUACAUCGGCUGAUGUGAGGGACGUAGUUUGGGCUUGGGACUCGAAGAUUGUGACUGUAGUAACUGAUCGUGGCACCCAUCAUUUAUUUGCGAUCCAUCCAGCUGGAGGUCACAAUCAUCCUACUAAUGAUAAUCCACAGUAUUCAUCUGUUGGUACACCUGAUUUACCAUCCAUUUUGACAUUGGCAACAUCCAAUCCACUCGUUUUUCAACCACUUUCAAUUACCAUCUCUAGUUUUACGACCAUCAAACCUAAACAUAUCCUAAGAAAUCAAAACCAAUCAAGCUCUACCAAUGGGAUGAUUAUUCCUAUGAUAUCCAAAGAUCAAAUCGAAUCAAAUGAAACUCAUGAAUCUGAAACCGAUCAUCAUCAUCUUCAUCAUCAUUCUCAAACUAGUUUUAUCUUUCUUCAACCUAAUGAUGAACAAAUGAAUGAAGAAAGAUCGAGCAGAAGAGAAGAAUUUGAAAAAGUCUUGAAUCCUUUACAUAAGAGAUUACCCAGUGGAUUAUUAUUUGAUCAUCUUACCCAAAGUGUUGUACUUUAUAAUUUAGAUGUUAAGAAGAAAUUGAUGUCAUUGAGUAGUAGUCAUCGAACAGUUUCGUCUCCAACUAAAGCUGCUAUGAUUAGUGAACAUCAUUCUAAACCAAGGAAGAAAUCAGCUCCUUCUGGUUUAUCUCAAUUAAUGCAACAACAAGCUGAUCUUAAUGAACCACAUCAUCAUCAUCAAUCACAUUCGGUGAAUUGUACAGCAACAGUAAUCUGGUCACUUCUUCCUAAUCAACCACAAAUGGAACAAACUAGAUUAUAUGAAACAGAAGACAGCAACGGUUUGGUUGGUGGUAUUCAUCAAGUUAAAAAACUUAAAGGAGAAAGAUGGACAUCGUUUGUUGAAUUGGAUACGUUUAGUCAUUCGAUCAACAUUUUACCUAAAUCGAUUUAUACUUAUCAUCAAUUUGAUUUUUAUCAUUUCAAAGAAACAUAUGAACAAAUUGAAGAUUUAAUGAAAGAUUUAUCUUUAUCAUCUUCUUCAUUAUCAUCAAGUAGUCAACGAAGAUUAAAGAAAUUGAUUGUUAGACAAGAAGUGAUUAUCGAACCUGGAGGCAAUCCGAAUGAAGUGCCAGGCGAGUUUAUUAACCUAGGGUUUCAAGAAAGAAACCAAAUGAAUGCGAUUCGAUAUGAAGAACCUAUUAAGUCAGCGGUAGAAACGAUUUUAGAUACAUCAGCUUAUCAUCCAACAUUGACACGAAACUUUUUGAUGAACCCUUCACCUGGUUUUCCGAAUGGACAACCAGGCAAGAGAGGAGGACAUCAUCAAUUUAAAGUUUUAAGUAGAUUAAGUUUACAGAAUGCAACUAAACGGAUCUCUUCUAAUUCUACUAAUGGUUCUUCAAAAGCUAAAGAAGAAAAGAUUUCCAUCUCGUUUGAUGAUGGAGUGAUUAAAGUUGAUAGUUCAGAAGAAGAUGAAGAUGAGGAUGAGGAUGAGGUUUCACCUAUAUCUGAUUUAGAUGUUGAAGAAGAAGAAGAAAAGAUUGGGUGGGAUGCUUGGGCUAUUGAUGAAGAAGAGUUUGGUAAACAACCGAUUCCUGUCCAAGUUCAAGUUCAAGUUGAGGUGGAGAAGAAUGCUGGAGGAGGUGGUGGUGGGGCUAGUAGUUCUACUGAAGCUUUUUCGAUCACUGAUACAAAUACUACUAGGACUACUGAUUCUUCAACGUCUGAUGGUACUGGUAGUGGUAGUGGGAGUGGAAGUGGAAGUGGACUUGGUGGUGGGAAAGUUAAAGGUGCACAGAAGUCUAAGGGUAGUAAUGGUGCAAGGAAUGGUAGAGGUCCAAGGAGAUCUUAAAGUUUGAUUGAAGUGAAAGGAGAAGAGAGAAGAGAGAAGAAAAGAAGGUUUACUUGAUUUUUUUUGACUUUGAUUUUGAUUUAUCUUUAGCUUUCUGGUUAUCACAUGUAUCACCCCAUCCCUCUUUUUAAUUUUUUUUUUCAUUUCAACUUUUUUUUGCUCAUCACCUUUGGAUUUUUAUGUUUGUUGUUCUUAUUGUUGUUGUUUUUGUUGUUGUUGUUCUUUGAUCAUUCAAUCAUGAUUUGUGUAGGAGUAAAGAGCUUAUGAAGAAGAGGUAAGCAUCAGUAAUGUAUGUCUUGUGUGUUUUUUU